UCUGUCACAAUUUUUCUGGCACACUUUUCCCGUGUCUUGUCAAAUUCCCAAAUUGAAUUGAAAUUUGUAAAAAAAUUUUUAUUCUUUUUAUUUCACAAAAAUAAAAACUUAAUAAAUCCAAUUCAAAAAUGACUAACGCCUGGAGAGCAGCUGGUUUAACCUACAUCCAAUACUCGAACAUUUGCGCUAAAGUCCUUCGUCAAGGACUUAAAGCCGAACUCCGUGCUGAAGCUGCCAAAAGGGAAGUGAGCCAUGUUAAAUUCAAUCCAUGGGAAAAUGGCAAACCUCUUCAUGAAAGAUCUUAAUUUUCAUUAUCAGCAAAUCAAUGCUGACGGGAGUUGUAAGGCAACCGUCGAAUAAUCGCUUGAUUUCGAGAGUUCAGUCAUCAAUUGAAUUAUAAAUGUAAUGCUUUUCCUUUUAACAAUAAAUAAUGUAAAAUAAAAAAAAACAAUGUAUGUA